CUCGUUUUCUUAUCUGUUUUUUUUUUGUGCGCUGUUGUCUAAAAGACAACGUAUCUUCUGCUUCGGUGUGGCUAAUACCGAAACACACGCACACGCACACGCACACCCACAACACAAACGAAAGCGCGAAGAGAGUUUUAAUGGCAAUCUAAGGGCAUUAAGAUGCUCCCAAAACGGUCAGUCGGGUCAAUGGAGUGACAGAGCUCAGACACACAAUCAGCAAGAGCAAACUUAACCACAUUUUGUCAGUGCAAGUGCGAAGGUAGUGGAGAUUCCAGUGUUGUAAAGUGUACGGUGCCAUGGAUUUAAUUAAAAGUGUCAAUUAAAUUAUAAACGUGAAUUAAGUGGUUGGCUUAACCGCAGACGAAGGAAGAGAGUGUAACGGAGGGGAGCUUGAAAAGUACACAGCAAAGCGGGCGAGAACAGUGGAGAGGUGUUGGAUAUUUGAAAGUGUGUUAAUGACUUGAGCACGAAUAAUAAUAUUAAAAAUAAAAAAAAAAUUGAAAAGAAAUCAACGUGAAAAGACUUAAAUAAAUAAGUUGUGCCGCUAAAUAACUCGUAAGAAAAUUAAAAUUUUGUUUAAAAAAAAAUUUAAACAUCUAUAUCAUCCGUCCCGCCAGCAUAACUGCACUUGAAGGAUAAACAAAACGAAUCCUGAAUUUUUAUCAAAAACAUUUAAGCAAAUUAAAUUCUUUCUCUCUUUUUCUUUUGGCGUUAAUUCAACGCUACAUGUAUGUGUGUAUGUAUAUAAAUAUAUAUAUAUAUAUAUAUGAGUAGGAAUGCCGAUGAAGCGAUAUAUGCUUUCACUCCAAAGACAUUUUAACAACACCUUGGACUAAAUAUUUGUAUGAACCGUUAAAUUAAUUAAUUUCUAUGGUGGCAAGCCGCUUGAUUCCGGAACUAUUGGCAUAGGUGGAGAACACAAACAUAAAUAUGUAGUGCUAUCGCACUAAUCGCUGCGCCAUACGAACUGUGAUAAAUCAUGUAUACGAUAGAUUAAAUUCUGUGAAUGUAAAAGACAUUGAACAACUACGGAAAAAAUAGAAAAUUAAUUUAAUUUUUUUUUUCAACACUUGAAGUGGAAAGCCGUCAAACUGUCUGCGUUGUCGAUACGAAACUUUUCGGCAAAUAUGCUGAACAAUUUGGGCGCCAAUGUGUUGGGUCCCAAAGAUUGCGAUCUACCCAAAGCCGCAAUAACAGCCCUACACGCUGGCGUCAAUAGCUUCGGCCAAUUGCCGCCGAACGCGCAAAAUCCGGCCGACGUGGUGUUGAACGGUGGUGGCGGCGGUAGUGGCGUCGCGGCUGGUGCGGCACGGCUGCAUGUCACCAGCGGUCUUUGCGAUACGCCAAAUCCGCAUCACAACAAUAACAACAACAAUACGAAUAACAACAACAUGCAACAGCAGGAUCAGCGUUUCUAUCUCUUGCAGAACUCGGAUAAAAACAACAAACAGAAACGACAUCGCACACGCUUUACGCCCGCCCAACUGAAUGAGCUGGAGCGUUGCUUUUCGAAAACACACUAUCCGGACAUUUUCAUGCGUGAGGAGAUAGCGAUGCGCAUCGGAUUGACCGAAUCGAGAGUGCAGGUUUGGUUUCAAAACCGUCGCGCCAAGUGGAAGAAACGCAAGAAGACCACCAACGUCUUUCGCACACCGGGCGCAUUGCUGCCCUCUCACGGCUUGCCACCGUUCGGCGCUAACAUCACCAAUAUCGCCAUGGGCGAAGGUCUCUGCGGUACCGGCAUGUUUGGCGGCGAUCGUUGGGGUGUGGGUGUUAAUCCGAUGACUGCUGGUUUUGGUCAACUAAAUCAAUCUUCGCCGCUCUCAUCUACAAUAAAUAGUGGUCUUAAUUCGGGUAUUAACAUUGGCUCGGCAAUGGGUGCUGGCAGCUAUCAGCAUUAUGGAUUAAACGCUUUAGGUGAUUCAAUGAUGUAUCAGCAUACGGUUGGCGGUGUAAGCUGCGGCGCUAGCGGUUCACCCACCACAACCACGCCUCCGAACAUAAAUUCAUGCUCAUCGGUUACACCGCCACUGUCGAAUCAGCCGAAUGCCGGACCGAAUGAGAUGAACGGCGACCAAAUGGGUGGUCCACCGCAUCAUCAACAGCAACCACCAACGCCGCAGCAACAACAACAGCAGCAACAACAACAGCAACAGCAACAAGCCCACCAACAAAACCAUCAUCAUCAACAACCACCACCACAACAACAGCAACAACAACAGCAGCAGCAGCAGCAACAACAACAGUCCCAAUCACAACAUCAAGAGCAUGCGUCAAAUAAUGGCGGUUCACAUAUGGUGCCACACUGUCACCAAGCCAUGCAAUCGCCAACAGAUGGCGGUAAUGUUGGCGAAGAUGAUGUUUGGCGAGGACACAGCAUUGCUGCGUUGCGAAGGCGCGCCUCCGAAUUGAAUGCAACAUCGGCGAUUCCAUCGUAUUUACAUCAUGCUGCCGCCGCACACAACAACUACGAACAUCACAAUUCGGUCUACUGAAAUUUGUUGAAAAGCUUUGAAAGCUUUUCGGAUUACGGUUUUCCCAGUUGUGGGAAUCAUGAAUUCUAGAAUCGGACCAAAAAGGAAGAUGGUGAAUUUAGUGGUAGCACUGAUGGUGGUGGUUGGUGAGAUGACUAAAGGGGCGUAGCGUGUGCUGAUGACGUAUGUAAUUAAUGCGCAGUUCCAGAGCCACUGUGUGUAUAUAAAAUUUCUGCAUGUUUGAAGCACACUUUGCGGCGUCAAAAACGACAGCUGUCGGCGGUGGUGAAAUACAUAAAUAAAUAAAUUUUUGUUGAAUAGUUUAACCAGUGAGAGACUUAGAGAACCCAAUGAAUCGAACGAUGUAUACGUAAAAAGUGAACUGCAGGCGAAAUGCAAACUUUAAUAUUAAGAUUUACAAAAUAAGUACUUAUACAAUGUUGUAAUAUUGAUAAUGUUUAAACUAAAUGUAUUCCAAACAAUAGAGUAUACUUACAUACCACACCCGUACAUACAUAUAUAAAUGCAUAAAACGAAAUUGUAUAAAUGAUGAAAAGAAAUUAGCUCGCCAAGGAAGGCAACCUCAUAAAUAUUUAUGUUAGCUCUCACAGUAAUGAGAGAAUAGUUAAGAGGUGAAUAUCUCCAAACUCAAAAAUUAUAUUCUGAAAAUUUGUAAAUUAAACAAAUAUUAACCAACAUUAAUUGAAUUGUAGCUGAAGGCAGAGUAUUUCUCGGUACAGUGCAAGCUAACAACUUUAUGAGGUCGCCAUAAUUGGGGGGUAAUAAAAUUAGGACUUAAGACUAAGCGUAAGAGGUAAUUUGAGUAUUUUUCAGUUUGCGUUAUUUUACCGCUAUAAAUCACAAUAAGCGAUGUUUGAAGGCGAAAUUACACAGAUUUUCAAAAAAAAGAAGGGUGGGUUUCCAAAACACUUUCAGAAGAUAACUCAGAUUAUGAGCUUCUUUAUUCGAGAAUGCUCAAUAGCUGAAUACUUUAAUUUGCAGCUAUGUUGUUGUGAUAGUGCGAGGUCUAUUCCAAUUAUUUUCUUAAAAUUAUUAGUUACACAUUCAUUUUAACUUGAAUUCCAUCGAAAUAGUUCCCCACGGUGGUCACAAGGCUGCGACAGAGUUUUUUCCAAUACAUAAAAGGUUAUCCAUUUUGCUAGUUCGAAAUUAAAGGUAAAUACAAUUAUUUGCUUAAUUUAAUUAAUUAAAAAAAUUUUUCAAGAAACUUCUUUUUAUAUUAAUUAAGCUAUGAAAUAAUAAGCCAUUAAAAUAACAGCCUUGCGAAUUUUCGCAAAAAUCGAUCCAUUCGAGGUAAUUUUCGGCCGCUUUUUGGCACAUAUUGGGCGAUAUCUCAGCUUUAGCUUGACGCAUAAACACGGUCUUUCGCGUAGUCGCAACGAUCUUAGCGGUCGAGACGAGACGUUACGCGCCCGAGAAAUUCCUCUUGUAAUGAAGCUAUAUUCCCUGGUUGUGUGGUAUGUAGCAAAAUUUUCUUGAAACCUCAUAUAGUCAAAGUCGGGUUCUUCAAUCGCAGGCUCAAAAAAAGUUGGUUUUCAUACGACCAAAUGGCAGUGACAGUCUCCAGUUUGCCGAUUUCAAAGACAUUAGGUCGAAACAUACCUGAGAACCAAAUAGUGCACCAAAUAAUAUGAUUGUUGCCUCUCUUCUAUUAUUUGAGGAUCUCUGAGCUUCAACUAUGACGUGUCCCCGAGUGAGAAAUGUGUCAGCCACUGUUAGUUGUUCAAGCAUCGAAAUGAGACAUUUACGAUCUCAGCUGGCCUCAGUUAUUAUGUGCGCUCUACUUUGUAUGGAUGUAGAUGUAAGUCCAAGUGCAAAAUAUGCCAUAAUGUGCCGCAGGAAAGUCCCAGGUCUUAAGAACGUCGAGAAGUAGUCACAUUCGGGUCUUCAACUACAUUUUCACUUACAUCGCCGAUCUUCAAAUUUCGUGAAAUUCUAUCAUUUGCAUUGGUAGUUGGACUAUUAUGUGCACCACAAUUUCUUCUUAAAGCACGAAGUGUGGCCACGUUUGAUUCGCUAUUUUUGGUUUUAGUUUUAGCAAUUUAAACGUAUUGGGUGAUUCUUAAGAGAUCCAUUUUCACAAAAGCCUGACUUUUAGCUAAAACAAAACAUGUUUGGUUUGACAAUUAAGUUUGACUGAUAUCAAAAUACAGUCCUGUACUUUUAAAACCACGAAGCGAAUGAAUUAUAGUCGAAGAAACGUAGCGAACGAUACUUAGAAGUCUAUCGAACUUGGUUUACUUCCUCCGGUCUUGGCUUUCCUGUGGUCCUCUAUUACAUCGACUGAGCUUUAGAUGCGUUGCCAUAACAACAUAUCCAUAAUUAGUGACUAGUCAUGUGAAAAUUACCGAGCAUGAAAUCGCAGAUUCCUCAACAACUUAUCUGCUGGUGACUCAACGAUUCCUCAUAGCAAUUUUUUGCGCAUUUUUAAUAUAAAUAUCAAACGUUUUAGCGCUGCAGCGUCCAGGCGGGAAGAGAUUUUAAAAGUUCCAAAAAUGUCCACUUUUAACACAUUAUUUCCAUAGCCAAAUUCUCUAGCGAAAUAAAGCCGACUUCGUUGCUUUUUUUAACCACGUCAGCUAGCUCACGCUACUAAACACCUUUUUCAAAAUUUUUUUGCAGAUUUCUUAGAUGUUUUCUGUUGUUAUAGCCCCAUUUCGACAUUGACUGCGUGAUGUCUCUACAUGAUGUCUCUACAAACCAGUAAAACGAACGCUUUACAAUUGUUUCGGAUUGAGCGUAGUCUUUUUGCAAGCUGGUUACCCAUAGAAGUUCCAUGAGAAAAAAACCCAUGAACUGAAUUUCUAUCCGCGAAUCGCUGCAUAUUCGUAACAAAACCGACGCAAUUCAGAAGCGAAUGGUGAGUGGUGAUGCAGAGCCAAUCACUCCCAACAACGUCAAAUGAAAACCGCCAUCCCAAGGGAUCUCCAAGCCAGGAGUGUUGGCCAGAAAAAUUUUGUUGUGUUUGAUGGAAUCGGCGAACGUUUUGGUUGAUGAAAAUUUUGCCUUAAGAGAAGCCUGUGAAAAUCGUUUUUUGCCAAUAAUUACAGGCUUAAUGACAUUGCCAUCAAACAUAUAAAGAGAUAUCAAGUGAAACGGUGUUAAAUUAAUUAUAGUUUAUUUUUCCUUCUCAGCCUGCUUGUAGUUAAAGUGGAAAGAAGACAUUGAAAAACAUUCAAAAACUAAUUCAUUUCUACGCCAGAGUUCAACCAAAUUAUUAUUUUUUAAUUAAAAAGUCCUAAAAACAAUAAAUUCCCUUCACUGUUUCACAUUGGUAUAAAUUUAUGAAAAAAAAAAUGCAAAGAAAACAUUCCAUUGUAAAUAAGUGUGUACUCUUAACGAAUUAAUAAACGCAAUUAAAGACUAUAAAAAACUGUAAAAGAACAAAUGUAUACGAAAGAAAAAGCCGUGAAUGUGUAAUUAUAAAUUAUCAAAUUAAAGUUUAACUUAGUAUUUACAUAUACACUAAAUAUAUACA